UGUGUGUGUGUGUGUGUGUGUGAGAGAGAGAGAGGGAGAGAGAGAGGCUGCCAUGACAGCGCUUCUUGAUGCACAAGUGUUUUGACUUGCGUGGACUUGUGUUAUAAUCUUGUUCUGAAUCAACUCAAACUACCUUGCAUCAUUUUGUGUGGAUAAAUUCGACAUCCAAUCAGCCAACAUGGGUAAAGUGGAAGGAGGGAUGAAAUGUGUGAAAUAUCUCUUGUUCGUCUUCAACUUCAUAUUUUGGCUAAUGGGAUCCUUUGUUAUGGCAGUGGGACUCUGGCUUCGUUUUGACCCAGAAACUGUGUCCUUGCUCAACGGUGAUAAGGCUCCGGACACAUACUUCAUCGGUGUGUACAUACUGAUUGGAGCAGGCAGUCUGGUGAUGUUGGUUGGUUUCUUUGGAUGCUGUGGAGCUGUUCGAGAGUCUCAGUGCCUGCUGGCUUCAGUGAGUCCAAAUAGAACAUCUGAUCUUAAAUCCAUCAAUUCUAAAAAUUGUGAUGGCCAAUCAUCCUCAAUGGAUCUCUUUCAGUUCUUUGCCUGUCUUUUGAUCAUCUUUGGAGCUGAGGUAGCAGCAGGCGUGUUUGGAUUCCUAAACAAGGACAAGAUUAUUGAAGAUGUUCAGAACUUCUAUGCCACGACCUACAAUGAAAAUACCAACAGCACACUGAUCACCUCGUACCAGAAAGUACUGAACUGCUGCGGGACGCUGGCUAACAACUGUCCCGAUCAAGAACCUGAUAUGAAAGACUGCGAGACAGGCAUCAGGGAUUUUUUCAACAGUAAACUCUACAUCAUUGGCUACGUUGGCAUCGGCAUCGCUGGAGUUAUGAUCAUUGGGAUGAUCUUCAGCAUGGUGCUCUGCUGUGCUGUACGUAACAGCAGGGAGGUCAUCUAAAGGACUCUGGCCCUCGAACUUAGCCCAGAGAGACUGCAGCUAAAAUCCAUCAUCUUUCAACUGAGCAUUGUCCUCCUCUGUCUUUCAUUUCAGGCACCAAUUCCUACCAUGCUGAUGGGACUUAGCCCAUCUCUUAUUCCAUUGCCUUUAAUAUGUUAAGUUUUUUUUUUUUUUUUUUUGCUUUUGUGCCCCAUGGUCAUUUGGCAACUGGAAACCUAAAUACAUUACUUACACAAGGUUUUACAAACAGCCUUGAUAACGAUCCCUCAGUUCGUGGGAAGACAGCAGACUCCAGAUUAGGUUUAUUUAUCUUCGCCACGCUCGCUCAUGUUUGCCAGCAAAACAUGAAAUUACAGCCAGCAACUGUCUUGGUUGACCAAACAGUAAUAUUGUAAACAGAGGCAGAGAAGUAUAUUGUUGCUUUAAGUAAGCACCAAGGAUUGUCACAUACACACUAGGUAUGGUGAGAUUAUCCUCUGCAUUUGACCCAUCACCCUCACCCCCUGGGAGAUGAGGAGCAGUGAGCAGCAGCGGUGGCCACGCCCGGGUUCAAUUUUUGGUGAUUUAACCCCCAAUUCCAAACCUUGAUGCUGAGUGCCAAGCAGGGAGGUAAUUGGUCCCAUUUAUAUAGUCACGACCUUCCGAUCUCAAGGCCGACACUCUGACCACUAGGCCACUUUAGUUAUCAAAUUAAACAUUUUUGGUAAUAUAUUCUUUUAAUUGGUCAGUAAAAUUCUAGGCAUUUGAAUGUUGUCAACACUCUCACCUAAGAGCAUAUUCACGAAUGAUGCAAAAGUCAAUGAAUGAUUUAGUAGCUACUAUAUGGCGUCAAAACAGUGCCAAAAUCCAGGCUUAUUUUACGCUGGCGCAGACAAUGUUUGCUCCUGCAUGGACUCUGUUUCUGUCUCUCUGUUUCCUUGCAGGCACGGUGUUCCACCCUUUUGGCACCUAAAAUUAUUCCAUCUCCCUUUCCUUUCUGAUUAGUCACUUCAAACGCCUACGGCCUCCUGGUCAGAGCCAAAACGAAGGAACUGUUAUCGUUGAAUGGUGUUCCUUUGAAUAAGAGUAAAGAGAGUCUAAAGUUUAGACAAAUUACAUAAUUUCUUAUGAAGUAAGGUCCUUAAAAUAAAAACAAUAAAAUCACUUAAAUUUGAUCAUCAUACUCGGGACAAUUGUGAUAUCAGAGCAUUGAUAAAUGAGCUGUCUUGUAUCAUAUAAAAUACCUGUACAUCUAUGUAAACCAACAUUGCAAUUACCUGGUGGGCUUAUAUCCAGGAAAACAUGUUGCCAAUAGAUAUAAGCCAUCUUUACAUGUUGUUAAAGAUGACUUUUUUUGACAUUUUCACACGGCAUUGUAAUGUUCUUGUGGUGUUGCUUGCAACUUGACCCUAGGAUGCAGAGACUGAAGGUGAAGUCCAGGCAAACAGUCCAUUCAUUAGAUAGGCUACAAACCAGGGAGCACCAGUGUGGUCGAAGUCAGAGUGGACCACGAGUAAAUGUACAAAAAAAACAGGAAUUAGGAAUAACAGGUAGUUCACAAAGAAUGCUAUUGCAGCAUGGAAGUGCACAAAAAACAAAAUGUAAUGCAGUCAAAGGCACAAAGGGAAAUCCUCCAGCCUUGUCCUACUGACGAAGCUGGCUUAAGAGGCAUCCUGAUUGGCAAACACGGACAGGUGAGGGAGCCAGUGCUCGGACUACAGAAGCGGCAGGGGCAAACAGGAAGUGGAAACAAAUUAAAAACGCUGGACAGGAAAUAAUACUGAAAAUUAGGGAAACAAUAACCAAAAAUCCAAGGCUGUCAUGAUCUGUAGUCUGGAUCAUGUUUAGUUUAGUUAUUUUCUGUUAGUUUGGACUCCCUUUGUUGUUUGUGUACCUUUUGUGAGUCAGUUUGGUCACCAUGGCAACAUAUUAAUUUCACCUGCUGAGGGUUCCAGACGCACACCUGUUUUUGUUAAUUACUUCCUUAUUUAAGCCUGCCUUGUCCCGUCAGUCGGUCUUGGUCCCUUGUUUGCGGUAUGCAACUGUUUCGUUGGUAAUUACUAGAUUUCUUGUUACCUGAUCCUGUGCUAGUGUUAGCAUUAGCUUCUGUGCUUUCGCCACGCGUUUCUUGUCGUCUGUUUUUGUACCAGUAUUUUGUUAUUAAAUCAUUCUUACCUUUUA